CGUCCAAUAAAACAGAAGAGGGCCUGCCUGCAAAUCGACUAAUCUUGGGCGAGGUGUCAAUCAUGUUCAUUCAGCGGUUGAAGUGCGGGUUUUGGUAACCGCCUCCUUUACGCUUGGAAGGGAGACGAAGGAGGGAGCUUUCUUCGGAUCAAAGGCUGGUGUGGCGCUGUUGCCGUAGGAUGUGCAGAGUGCAGCCUGCUGCUUUCUUUACGGACGCUUCUUGUAUCGUCUGGAUAUCGCUGAUUUCUGGAUUAUAAAUACAUUUGAUGGUUUUCAAUCCCAACUCAAUGCAGAGAAAUGGGUAAACUUCACUCGAAACAUGCUGCGAUUUGUAAACCGAGGGAAAGUCCGGAGGGCGACAGUUUUGUAGUUAAUGCCUGUUUGGCAAGGAAAGGAAUUGACGAUUGGCUCGUGAAACAGAAAUACUAUUGCUCACGGCUUGAGCAACAGGACUGUCACCACACGAAUAAAUGCGGCUUGUCUACUCGGGAUGUGUUGGACAAGGCGUGUGCAGAGGGGAUCAGUGAUGAACAUUACCGUUUAGAAGUGGCUCUGCCCCCGGAGAAGACGGUGGACAGUUGCUGUGUGGAGGAGAAGAUGCAGGGGAGAGCGAACCAGGCGCCCACAGGCACACAGAAACAGCUCCAGUUGGAAGAGCUUGAGUGUGCCGUCUCUGUAGAGGAAGACAACAGACAGGAGUGGACAUUCACGCUGUAUGAUUUUGACAACAAUGGCAAGGUCACCAGAGAGGACAUCACCAGCCUGCUCCACACCAUCUAUGAGGUGGUGGACACAUCGGUCAACCAUUCCCCCAGCAGCAGCAAGACACUGCGGGUCAAGCUCUCUGUGGCCCCCGACUCCAGCCAGCGCUGGCGGAGCUGCACUCAGGGCCCCGCAGACAUGCCCCACCCCAGAACCAAGACUGACAAGUGCAUUGAAGACCUUAAAAGUGCAGAGAAGAAGUCUCGAGCCCUCCUCAGGCGCCAUCACAGUGACCACCACACUAUCCAGCACCAGGUUUUGACCCAGCAGGGUCAGAGUCAGGGCUGCCAGCGCCACUGUGUGGAUGAGAACCUGGAGCGCAGGAACCACUACCUCGACCUGGCCGGCAUCGAGAAUUACACAUCCCGCUUUGGAGCAGCCCCCACCACAGAGCCUGUGAAAGCAGAGCCUCAGACCCGACCAUCGAACCAGACCAGGUCUCGCUCUCAUGAACCAGAGAACGGCCACACCUACUCCCACCACCGUCGCUCACAGGUGGCCAUGGAGAGCAGCGCCGCCCCAGGCCCUGACACCCUUUGUCCCCCACGACCGAGUAAAGACUCAGGUAAACACGCCCUGCGCUCCCCCAAGACCCACAGCCGGACACACCCCACACAGACCACCACAGGCAGGGUGAUGAGGAGCAGAGGGGCCCCACCUCCCCCGGCCCUACCCAGCCAGGCCCCCCCUCACCAGUCCUCAGCCCCCUACCGCAGGCACAAGCAGAGGGCCAGGGAGGGCCAGCAGCAGUACCAGGCCCUGGGGGCUCCAGUGGGGCCUGUGGUGGAGAAGGAGCAGGUGAGGGUCCUACCUAGUGUGCUCCUCUAUGAAGGAGGGCUGGCCCAGAUGGUUCAAAGGCACGAGCAUCAUCACCACCAUGAACACCACCACCACUACCACCACUUCUACCAGUCCUGAGGCAGCCAGCCAGCUCCCUGCCCUGCUGCACCAGAGCACCUUCUCACAGCCCCACCUCAACCUGGCUCCACUGCCAGGCCAGUAGAUCCUACAGACAGACAGACAGACAGACAGGCCCCUCCCACACAGCACAGCAACAGCACAGCCAGAACUGUGUCACUGUUAGGGGGAGUUGGGUCUUGCAUGGCCCUGUGGGCUAAGAGGACAGGACAUCAAGAGUAGUUGGACAGACAGGGGGAGGACAGGGGGAGGUGCAGGGUGAAGAGGGUUAUUAUGGGGUUGUCCAGUCAUGAAGAGUCCCUGUGAGGCAGCGGGACAGUGUCUUGGUCUUCAGGUGUGCCAGGAGCAGGACACAGCAGAGGGAUGUAACAGGGGAGCCUGAGAGGAACAGAAGGAGAAAAGAGACUUGACUGUAAAUCCUUCAGAGGACUCCUCUCAUCCCUCUCUGUCUGUCUGGUUCUCUGAAAGCCUCUACUCUGAUGGACUAGGUGACUUUACGAAGCCAUACUGGCCAUCCUCACAUACCUCUACGUUUUGGGGAAUGAGAGGUGAGGGUCUGGUUUGGAGAGCGAGAGCGAGAGAGAUUUGUGUGUAUGAAUAUACAGUGUGUGUGAGAGCAUGUGUUACCUGUCUGCUGUGACGCCACUGAAAACCACUUGAAAAGCACUUGUGGGUGCAGUUGCAUUGGAGACACUUUGGGCUGUCAGAACAGAGGGCUGACAGGCAUCGGCUGGAUAUGAUGAAGACAAGAUCAUCCAGCUCCUGAAUCUCACAUGCAAUACAGGACCCUCCCUGAGAGAACGAUGUUGAAAUGUUCAGUGAGAAUAGAAGACUGUAAUCAGCUGCUACCUCUAGUGUUAUUAAUGGAAUUGUUGGUGUUAUUAUUAUUGUUAAUAAUCAGAUGCUAUUUUUCAGUUACAUUUUGUUUUAUUUUUUAAAGAUGACACAAUCUGCAGUAAUGUAGUGUUGAAACGCUCCUACAUUUUUUACCUACAUAUUGUAUAUAUUAUCAACAUUAUAAUCUUUAUUUAUAAUGUGACGUUUGUAUCAACAAUCUACAUUUAUUUCUCACUCAACCCCAUUUUCCCAAUGUACCCUGUUGAAAGACCACUAUGUAUUCAAUUUAGACCAUCAAAGAUACAACUCUGACUCCCCCUAAUAUCACCACACACAGUUCUUUCACACCAAUAGUCAGUGUACACCUUCUCAAGUACAUCUCUGCCUUCUGAACAGUGUCUGUCUAAUCGUUGUGGUCAGCAGUUCACAGUAAGGCUCUUUCUCAUUAGCUGAAUCAUAAGUAUGUGGUGGUUGACAAUCCACAGCAGUCCCAUGAUCCUCCAGGUCUGAUCAUAACACAUGACUCUAACCGCUGUCCCCUCAUGAGGCAUCCCCCUGUCCCCAGCUGUCAGCACCUGUUUCACCAGGCCGCCAUCACGCCAUGUGUCCCCAGCACUCAGGCAACAAGGCUCUGUUUAUGAUGCUGGCUGGACUGGGAUGGAGGCUCUCAGCUGUCUGUCUCAUUCCUCUGGUGCGAGGUGACACCAGGCCCUGCCCGCAGGCUCCACCAGGACCAUAACUCACCCUGCUGAAGGCCUGCUGUCGGGUAGGCAGCUCCAACCACACAGGACCUCUCAGAUCUUCUCCCACCCUAGGUGAACCAUCAGAGCCAUACACCACUGUUUAGGACAGGUUACUAUGGUAUGCCUGCAUCUAGUCCAGGAGCUCCUGACUGAGUAUCAUCUGGUCAGGGUAAAGAGGAAAAUACUGUAAUCAGCAAUGUUCCCUCUAUUUUUUUUCAUCACUGAGCAAAUUUCAGGCCUGCUGAGCAAACUUGAACAUUGUGAAAAUUCGGUGCAACUUACGAAGCACGUUUAAUGUGAACACUGAGGCUGUACCCGAUUAGGGUACACCUUUAACAGUGGUCAAGUAGGCUACUGUGGCUUUUUGAUAAUAAUGUAGGCCUACUUGACUGGCCAACCAUCAAAAACAAUGGAGACAAUUCACCCCAUAAUAUGUUAACAUGGAAUAGCUGUUCUAUCGUUUAGCCUACAGUAGCGGACAGUGUGUGGUGUUCAAUGUAGGCUACAUUCUAUGAGACUAUUGAAUACUACAUGUAGGGCUUGACAUUAGCCUGUUUAUCCACUUGUCCUUCAGACAAGGAGGUGAUUGAAAAUGUUGUGUUUGAUGCAAGAAUCCACUUUAUAAAAUGAAAAGCAUCAUUAUUCACAUACCAUUAUUACAGAGAAUCAGGCAAAAAUAUUCUACCCUCUGCCUAUUGGCUACACUGCCCGUUUAAGAUAAAUAAGCAAUUUGCUUUUCAAAGAUGUCUAGAAAUGCACAUGUUUUGUGCUCUUGUAGGAAGCAAUCAGUCCCCCAUUGCUGACUAGAAAUGAUCUAUAACUGGGCUAAUAACUCACUAACUAGUGAAGGAUAUGACCACAGGUACACAUGUUGCUACAUGCAGCUCUGGCUUUGAUCUCAUAACAAAUUCAUCUACUCACCACCACUCAUGCUGUAUAAACAGUUCAAAGUAAAUGGCACAGAUCCAUAUAUGCCAAUGGUCUAUUUGCAUAUAGGCCUACUGCAGCUCUGAUUGGUUAUGGUCCACCCGUCUGUGUAGAGUAUGGCCUAUGUUGUGCCUGUCAAUGCAAUAAAAUCCUACUCCGAUGCGUUCUGCCUACAACACAUCUCUUGCAUGGUUUUGUUUCGGUAUGUUGCAUUGAAAGUGCCUAAUAUUGCAUUGAUUCGAUCACAAUUCCCACAGUAAACGGAAACGUUGAUUGUGUUAACUAAUGGGGGAAAACUCUAGACAGUUUGCUUCUCUUUGCGGGCUGAUAUUUCUUCUGCACGGCAGUCCUGGGGGAGCUGCAUGCCUGCUCUCUCGCGCAUCUGAGAGGGAACAUUGGUAGUCAGUAUGAGCUAAUAGACAUUGCUACUGGCUAUGCGUUGUGAGUAGGUGUGAAGAGUUCACUAAUUCCCCUACACCAGGUGUGUGGACAUCAAAGCCAACUUUCCACUCUGGGUCAUGUCUAGGUUUAGAGCUUUUACUACAAGUUUCCAUUAGUGUGUGUUUUGGGUCAUUUGGGGGAAUCUGGUGCAUUCCAGGCUUGUCCUGAGCUCCAGUGCUGCACUCCCUCACACAGCUGCAGGCUGUGCAUUAGCAGAGGCACCAGUCAGGCUGGCCUCACCACAGGACACAGUCACCCCCAAGGGGAACGCAGCUGCACCCCAUUCCACAGCCCCUCUCUCCCCUAGAAUGCUGCCGCUCUGCAAUCUGCUUGGCACUAGCAUCUGUCUGGAUUAGCAUGGCAGCACCCCAUCUGACAGGGCCCAUCGCAAUACUGUAACUCAUGUUGUUGUCUUCACACCAUGACAACACCACAGCUAAACAGUACAGGUGUUGAUACUAGCACCUGCCCAUAGGAUAGACAUGCUUCAGGUGGAAAUGGCUUGUGGCUGCAUUGGGGACUAUAUCAAGCCAGUGAGAGGCAGAGGGCUUGCGUCUCCCUUCAUGGUGGUCCUCAUUAGGCGUGUGUGUGUGUGUGUGUGUGUGUGUGUGUGUGAAGGUGUCUGCAGUGAUCACCCUCAGACAGACACCAUGGCUAAUAGGCAGGGAUCUGCUUGGGUUCUCAUCCUCAGUUAAACUUACAAAUCCUCCGCCAUCUUCCCCCAACACCACAGACACUAGAUGAAUGGUGCCAUGUGCCUCUAGAGUACUGUGGUAUUAGUGGGGCAGCCGCUGGAACAGAUAUCUCUGUGGUGCUUUUGAAAUGCAGCCCUAUUCCCUAUAUGAUGUACAACUUCUGAACAGGGCCCAGGGUCUGGUCAAAAGUAGUGCACUGUGCCUCUUUAAAGGGACACUCCAGCUUCACCGGCAUCUAAAGUUCUGCUCCAGAAUGACCCACUGUAUCUUCUCCAUCUGUAAAUGUAUUCAGUUUUGGUAUUUACAGACAAGACUGAAUUUAAUUUUCUCACUGUAUUGCACCACUUCUCCAUCUGUAAAUGAUUUCAAUUUUGGUAUUUACAGACAAGACUGAAUUUAAUUUUCUCACUGUAUUGCACCACUUCUCCAUCUGUAAAUGAUUUCAAUUUUGGUAUUUACAGACAAGACUGAAUUUAAUUUUCUCACUGUAUUCCACCACUAAGUUAAGUUUUGUCAAAUUAAUGUAUCUCCAUGUUAAACUAAUGUAUAUAGUAUAUGGACUGCAGAAAGGUUAUACCAGUAUCGUGUAGAAGGAAUAAACGUAUUUAUAAUAAUUGAAUGACUGAGCAGAAAUACAGUAUUUUUGCCAAGCUAUCACACUUGCCUACUAUAUUGUCACUUCUCUACAGUAUCCACUGUGUCAAUCAGUGCUAUCAGGGAAGGGUAGUUGUCUCUCUCUCGCUCUCACUUCCUUCACUUCUUCUUGGUGAUAGUUGUAAAUGAAACAUGUCUAACACUUGCUGUUCAGUUCCUCAAUAGCAGACCAGACCCUUUCUCUCUUUUCCCUAAUGGCUUUUUCAUGACUUUGUUUAGUUUAUAUAGACGGUUUUUGAUUAAUUGCUUUAUUUAUUUGAUAGCAGAACUGUGCCAAGGGAGAUACCCUUUCAUUAAAGUAUGAACCUGUUCCCUAGAA